AUGCCAGCCAAAAAAGGUGAUUCAAAAUCUGCAAAGAAAGGAGGAAAAACAGAGCCAGAAAAGAGCAAACCAAAGGAAGACGAAAAGAAAGGGAAAGAUGACAAGAAGGCCAAGAAAGAUGACAAAAAAGGUGAAAAAGAUGACAAGAAGGGAGGAAAGGAUGAUAAGAAGAAAGGAAAAGAAGAACCACCCAAGGGUAAAGGAAAAGAUGAUGGAAAGAAAGGAAAGGGAAAGAAAGAGGUUAUUGAAUCUGAGGGUUCAGAUGCUGAGUUGAUGGAAGAUUUAAGUGAUGAGGAGGAUGAGGAUGAAGAAUCUGAUGGAGGCAAGAAAGGGCGUGGAAAAGAUGCUAAAGGUAAAACUGCAAAGGGAAAGGCUAAAUCUAGACAGGCUGAGUCUGAUGAAGAUGAGGAUGAUGAUGAAGAUGAGGAAGAAGAUGAGGAAGAGGACAGUGAAGAGGAGGAUAGGAAAAUGAAGAAGAAAUCAAAAGAUCCUCACAAAUCAAAGUCUAAACCUGAGGAACAUGGAAAGAAGAAAGCAAAAAAGAAGGAAGAGCUGCCACCUGAACCUCCACCUGAGGAGAAAAAGAAAAGAGGACUGAAAAACACUUCAAAACUGUUUAUGCGGUUCUCUGGAUUUAAGAGAAAGAAGAAUUCAAAGAAGCGACUAAAGAGCACUUCCAGGCUGUUCCUUGGACUUGGGAAAAGGAAGAGUCGUUUAGUUAGGAAAAAAAGGAGGAAAUCUCUUUUGAGAAAUGCCCCGAGGUUCAUGAUGCGCUUCAAAAACAGCAAGAAGAACAAAAAAGAGAAGGAAAAAAAUACUGAGUCAGGAUCAAAGCCAUCCUAUAUGCUUAUUAGAUUAGGUGGCAAUUCUAAAGCAACAGAGAAGAAACCAGGAUUUUUUAAAGGGCUCUUUGGGAAAAAGAAUGCAGGGGAUGGAUUUAAAUCCAGGAGCCUAUUAUUAGGUAAGAUUGCUGGGGCAACAAACUGGCUCACCAAGAGGUUUCUCUCCGUUAAGGGGCGCCAGAGUGCAAAUGGAAUGGACCAUGAUGCUUGGAGUCGGAGAAGCAACAAAAAAUAUGCAUUUCCUGCUGGUGGUCACCAAGCUAGCAUCCGAGCACCUCCAGGGUAUCACAAUUAUGGAUAUGAACAUGAAACUGGGGGAUAUCAUUAUAAUAAUCAGAUCGAAAUGGAGAGGGGUACAUUCCACAGGGAGUCAAUUCAGAGACACUCAAACAGGUAUGGUGAACCAUAUGCCAACAUGCAAGGACACUCUUCAUUUCCACAGCCAUACACUCAGUAUGAUGAACCAAAUAACUAUUAUGACACGGCAUCUCAUGAUCAAGGCUAUCAUGACUUUGAGGAUAGAUACUAUGAUGCACACACUGCAAUGCAGAAUGGGGUUGAAUAUUAUGAACAUGGUAUGGACUACAAUGACCCGUAUGCUGCUCAGGACGAGAUAGGCAAUUAUACAGAGGAAAUUGGCAACUAUAGUCAACAGUAUCCAAUGGAUCCUUAUGUCAAUAAUGGCAUGGAGUACUAUGAUGAUAGUCAGUAUUUAAUAGGGGAUAGCUAUGAUCUUUAUGGGAAUGAAGUGGAUAUUUAUUCCCAGGGGAAUGGAAUGGAUAUGUAUUCUCAGGGAAAUGGUAUGGAUAUGUAUUCCCAGGAGAAUGGAAUGGAUUUGUAUUCCCAGGCUCAGUUUGGAUAUUCUGAUGACCUUCAGGGCUUUUAUGGUGACCCAUAUGGAGAGGAUAUAGCAGAUGAUCCAAAUAUGGGUAUAUAUGGUGAUUAUGGGGAUCCUUAUUUUCAGGACUAUCUGGUUAAUUACAGUGAAUCAGACGUUGAUCCAUAUCUGCAGUCUUCCUACAAUAUGUAUCAGCCAUAUGGAUAUCCAAUCCAAGAUAUAAUGGAAGGUGUAGAAGCUUAUGGAAUGUAUGGUGAAACAUAUAGAGAUUUCCCUGCAGAGCCAUUGCCCCUUCAAGGAGACAUGGAGUUCAGAGUCCCAAGACCCCAGGUUAAGCUUUUUGGUAAGGAAAGGAUUGAUGUUGAGCCUCCUCCAUUGCCUCCACAAUACGAUUUUGAGGGAAUGUCAGACAUACAGUAUGAAAAUUAUCCAUAUAUACAUGGAGCCUCCAUGGAUGCUUUUUCACCAGCAAUUUAUCCUCAAGAAAUGCUUUAUCCCACAAUGCCUCAAGUUCCCACACCAACAGCCAUGCUGAUUAAGCAAGCAAAUAAUCCUCAGAGAUUUGUCAGCCAACAUAUGCCACAUAUGGCUCAAACUGGUGCAUUUCCACCAUCUCCCACACCAAGCAGAAGGUCUAUAUCAGGGAUGACCUCUCCUCUGCAUAAGCCUUUGUCAUCCAUGGCACCAAUGGCAAGUUUUGGAGAGCCGAUAAUGGAAGUUAGACGUUCCCCUGUGCCUAUGCGCAGGCCAAGCCCUCAUGUCUCUCCCCAACUCUCCAUGCAUCCUGUUGGUACUCUUCCUUUAAGAAGAAGCCCAUCCCCACAGCCCUCUGUGCGUGGCAUUGGAGGCAUGGAAGCACCUCCAUCCUCCAGAAUAAACAGAGGGAUGUCCCCUCUAAUUGGUCAUGUUCAACAUCCUCGCUCUCCAAUUGGAAGCAAAAUGAGUCAACCUGUUUCUCCAGCACUUUCUAGACGUUUGAAACCUCAGGAUCCAUACAGAGAGGCUCCACCUGCUUCUCCAACAGUCCAUAGACGUUUACAACCUCAAGCAUCCUUUAGAGAGGCACUACCAUCUCCCCUGCCUAUGGCUGGCCGUAUGCCCUCACGAGCGCCGUCUCUCCGCACCAGCCCAUCAGCUUCGCCUCGUGCAUCUAUUCGGAGGAGAAGCCCACAACAGUCACCCCGUGCCUCAGUUAGGAGACCCAGUCCACCCACCUCCCCUUCACAAGUUCAUCGUCCAUUUGGUGCCAAGAAGUUUCAAGCCUCUCCACCUCCUCCUAGGCGCAGGAGUCCUCCAUCCUCCCCUCAGAUUGGUAUGCAUCCAAUGGCCAGUGUGCAGCAGAGGGAUCUCCAUAGAGCACAGUCCCCAUUAAUGGGUCAUAGAGCAUCACCUACUCCUUCCAGAAGUUUUAUUGUGGAGCCCCAGCAACCACCAGUGGAAUGUAGAUCCCCCUCUCCCAGCCUUUCCCGCAGGUCUACUCGCCUCAUGAAGGAUUCUCCACCUUUUGGAUCACCUGGAGGUCGACUGCGAGGAAGAGGCCGUCCAAACAUCCCAAUGGGAGCUGUGAAACCAUAUCCUGGCCGAGGGGGACAUUCAGGAGCUCCAACACAAAAUGUACGCCCAUUUAGACCUUCCAUACGUAGUAACAGGUCCAUGAUACAUCAGGACUUCACAGCUUCACCACAGCUCUCAGGUCAACACACUGGGAUGGGCAUAAAGGAACAAAGUCGUUUCAACCCCCCAGGAACACCUGGUCCAAUGAGAAACCCACAGAGACCUAUUGGUCGUGGCCGUCCACUCAUGGCCCGACAGUCGCUUAGGCGUGCACCUGACAUGAUGCCCCCUUCACCACAGCCUUCUCAAAAAUACAUGCCCCCUCCAUCGCCUCAACCUUCCAUUAGGAAUUUCUCCAGACCAGCAUCUCCUCAUCCAUCUAUGAAACAUAGCUCCCCAUUACCAAUGCGUCCCACUUCCCCUAGGCCUCCACGUACUUAUGCAUUUGCUGGUCCAUUGCAAAACCCUCAGAUGCAUGAUGUUUCAUUUUUAUCUCCUUUGCCAAUUGGUGCAGAGCCAAUACCUGUAGAAUUUGACCAGGUUAGUGGUAUCCCUCACUCACCAAUGCUUACUAGAGCCCUCCAAAACCAAAGUGUGCGUAAUGCCUCCUAUGCUUCACCUUUGCAACAGCCCAUGUCACCUUAUGCCCCUGAGAUCAUUAAGGAUCCAGAGGUUCCAGUAUCAUCACAAUACAAUCCUGAGAUGGUUGUAUUGGAUCAACAUAAUGAAGAGAUAGCAUCUCCACUACUGUCAAAUGCCUUACAUAAUUCUCAUCUCCGAGAAGCCUCUUAUACAUCACCCUUCCAAAGACCAAGCUCACCUUAUGCUCCUGAAAGGGCGCAGUUUGCUGAAAUCCCUGAACAGCCACCCUUUUCUUCCCCAUAUGUUCCUGAAAUGGAAGCUUUUGAACAAAUUCCAGGUCAGCCAGCUUCACCUUUGCUGUCUUAUGCUAUUCACAAUCCACAACUUCGCAAUGCUGCAUAUAAGUCAACCCUUCAGAGGCCACAUUCACCCUAUAAUGAGGUGGUGGCAGGCUACGAUUACAUUGAAGAGACAGGUCCUGGCCCUCUUCUUUCAAAUGCUAUUCAAAAUCCAAAUGUCCGCAAUGCUUCUUACCAAACUAAUUUACAUCGCAGAGGAUCUCGCAUUCCCCAUGGGUAUGGUCCAAGGGGAUCUCCAGCUCUGUCAACAGCUUUGCAGAACCAAAAUAUUCGUAAAGCAUCAUACAGAGCACCUCUUCAGGGAAUGGUCUCCCCCUAUGCACCUAUGCCAGGUUAUGGGCAGGAACCUAGGAAGUCUCCAAUUCUGUCUGAUGCAUUGCACAACCCACAACUCCAUGGUGCCACUUACCAACUGCCUGAUGGGACAUUGUUAUAUGGUAAUCAGGUACUAAAUGCAAGUUCUUCCCCAUUGCUCGCUGAUGCUAUUGGAAAUUCACAGCUCCAGAGUGGUUCAUAUAGACUUCCUGCUGGGUCUAUAAUGGACCCACGAAGGCAACAGUCUUUGUCACCAAACCUCCCAAAUGCUUUGCAGAACCGAAACAUAAGAAAUGCCUCUUAUAGACUUCCAGAUGGAACACUAAUGUACCCAGACUCUCAUUUACAACAACCUUCUUCCCCAAACCUGUCCAAUGCCUUACAAAAUAAAAAUCUAAGGAAUGCAACCUAUAGACUUCCAGAUGGAACUAUUAUCACUGCAGGUCAACGGCAAACCUCACCAAACCUGUCACGUGCCCUUCAGAAUGAUAACAUUAGAAAGGCAUCAUAUAGACUGCCAGAUGGAACAAUAAUAAUGACUGAUCAGCAAAUGGAUCCAACCUCACCAAAUCUGGCCAGUGCACUUCAAAACAAAAACAUUCGAAAUUCAGCUUACAGAUUGCCGGAUGGCACAUUAAUAAUGGCAGACUAUGGGCAGGCCAAACCUACCUCCCCAAGUUUAGCAAAUGCACUUCAGAACCAACAAAUGAGAAAUGCUAGUUAUUCUUUACCUGAUGGCUCAAUUAUAACUGGACCAGGUUAUGAAGAAGUUAAGUCUCCUAAUUUGGCAAGUGCACUUCAGAAUCAGGGCAUUCGCAAUGCAACAUACAGGUUGCCUGAUGGCUCUUUAAUAAGUGCUGAUGCAAGUCACAAACCUACAUCCCCAUCUCUGUUCUCUGCCCUGAGAAACGAGGAUAUGAAAAAUGUCUCAUACAGGCUUCCAGAUGGAUCAGUUAUUGCCCAGGCACUAUACCAGCCAAGUAGCCCAAACAUUGGAAAUGCAUUGCAGAAUGAAAACAUUCGCAGGGCCACUUACCAGUUACCAGAUGGAUCUGUUAUCUCAGCAGAUCCACGAAGGCAUAGAACCAAUCCAAAUCUUUCACAUGCACUUCUAAAUCAAAACCUCCGCAAGGCCACAUACCGAUUACCUGAUGGCUCACUCCUUACUCAAGGAUUUGCUGUCACCAACACACCAUAUUUAAUGGAUGCUCUUAAGAAUCCUAACCUUAAGAAAGCCUCUUACCAGCUACCAUCAGGGCUCUCCACAUAUAUGACAUCCUCUGGGCAGGUGAUUAUUGGGCCAGAUGGCAAAUAUGUCAUGAUUUCACCUCAACGAAAAGGUCCAGGGGGGCCAGAAGAGCAUUGGGCUCAGAAUGCCAGAGAGGGGCAAACCGCAGAGGAUGUAUGGGCCUCAGAAAGGGUCUUGCCUCAUGAUACAGUACAGAAUCUCUUCAAAUGGUCUAUGUACCGUGAUGAGAAAAUGAUGGAAUUCCUUUCCCCCCCACCCAUUGGUCUUAGGCCAGGGGAGACAGAGCUACAGUGGGUACCAGAUCGGGAAGGGGAGCCAAAAGGCCAGUGGUAUGACAAGAUGUAUUCUAUAAGGAGCCUACCUACUGUGAGAUACAGGGAGAAAAGGGAAGGGGAUGGAACUGAGGACAUGACACAAAUGGAAGAGCUAACUGAGGCAGCAGUAUUGAUAAACCUGAAGAUUCGCUUUGACCAACAGCUAAUCUAUACAUACAUUGGCAGUAUACUGGUAUCAGUGAAUCCAUACAAGCUAUUUAACAUCUAUGGAACAGACAUGGUUCUGCAGUAUGAGGGCCAUGGCUUGGGAGACAACCCACCUCAUCUAUUUGCCAUUGCAAACAUUGCCUACACAACAAUGAUGGACAUCAAGAGAAACCAGUGCAUCAUUAUCAGUGGGGAAAGUGGUUCUGGUAAAACGGAGGCAACCAAACUGGUUCUGAGAUACCUUACUUCUAUUCAGCAUAAGAGGAACAUUACACAGCAGAUUGAGAUUCUAGAGGCAACUCCUCUGUUAGAGUCUUUUGGUAAUGCUAAGACGGUCCGAAAUGACAAUUCCAGCCGCUUUGGAAAGUUUGUGGAGGUCUUUUUGGAGGAAGGGGUGAUCAGUGGUGCCAUUACCUCACAGUAUCUACUGGAGAAGUCCAGGAUUGUUUUUCAGGCCAAAGAAGAGAGAAACUACCACAUUUUUUAUGAGAUGCUGGCUGGACUUCCUUCUCACAUGAAACAUACUUUCUACCUACAACAGGCUGAAACCUACUACUACCUGAACCAGGGUGGUAACUGUGAGAUCAUAGGGAAGGAUGAUGGGGAGGAUUUUAGAAGGCUACAGAGUGCCAUGGAUAUUCUUCACUUCAGUCCUGAAGACCAAAGCAGCAUAUUCAGAGUGUUGUCAUCCAUACUACACCUGGGCAAUGUUUUUUUCCAUAGAGUGGAGACAGAAGUACAAGAGACAGCUGGCGUAGUCAGCACUCAGGAGAUUCGUGCAGUUGCUGAUCUACUUCAGAUUUCUCCAGAGGGUCUACAGAAAGCCAUCACCUUUAAAAUGACGGAUGCAAUGAGAGAAAAGAUUCAUACUCCCCUCACUGUAGAAAGUGCUGUGGAUGCCAGAGAUGCAGUUGCCAAGAUUCUUUAUUCUUUGCUCUUUCAUUGGCUGACGGAACGCAUCAAUGGGCGGAUAUACCCCAGGAAUGAGGCUCUGUCCAUAUCUUUACUGGAUAUAUACGGGUUUGAGAAUUUGACGUUCAACAGUUUUGAGCAGCUCUGUAUCAAUUAUGCCAAUGAAACCCUUCAGUUCUUCUUCACCAAAAUCAUUUUCAAACUGGAGCAGGAGGAGUACAUUCGUGAGCAAAUCAGCUGGAAAGAAUUGGUCUUCACUGACAACCAGGCAUGCAUAGACCUUAUAUCUGCAAAACCCCAUGGGAUACUCCGCAUUCUUGAUGACCAGAGCUCCUUUCCACAGGCCACUGACCACACCUUCCUUCAAAAGUGCCACUAUCACCAUGGAAACAGCCCCCUCUACUCCAGGCCAAAAAUGCCACUGCCAGAGUUUACUGUGAAUCACUAUGCUGGCCGUGUGACUUACCAGGUCCAUAAAUUCCUGGAUAAGAACUAUGAUCAGGUUCGACAGGAAGUAUUGGAUUUAUUUAUGCAGAGCCAGAACCGAAUGGUGUCAAAUCUCUUCAUAAAGCAUGCUGAGAUGCUGAAUCAGCAAAAGGGAGCAAUUAACAGGAACAGCACAGUGACUCGGAGAUAUCAGCCUUCCACUGUGGCUGCCAAGUUUCAGCAAUCAUUACAGGAGCUCCUGGACAAGAUGGAGAGGUGCAACCCAUUUUUUGUGCGCUGCAUAAAGCCAAAUAGUAACAAGGAACCUAGUAUAUUCGACCCUGAAUUGGUUGCUACUCAGCUCAGAUAUUCAGGAAUCAUGGACACAAUCCGUAUCAGGAAGGAGGGCUAUCCAAUUAGAGUGCCGUUCCAUAAAUUCUUAAAUAGGUACAAAGCCCUACUAGGAAUGAAGAAGCCACCGCCUCCUGAUGGAGAUAACUGUGUGAUUAUGCUUAUGAAACUCUGCCCAAUUCAAAAAGGAGAUUAUCAAGUGGGUGUGUCAAAGCUCUUCCUAAAGGAGGAGGUGUAUCAGUUAUUGGAGAGUAAACGUGAUCGAAUGAUUCAUGUAGCUGCACUGACCCUUCAGCGCUACGUGCAGAUGUAUUUUGUCCGCAAGAAAUUCCUUAAAUUCCGUUCUGACAUGACAAAACUGCAGGCCCACUGCAAGGGCUACCUGGCCAGGCGGUGGUUUCUGCGAAUGCGUAUCAACCAGAUCAAGUUCCGUUCAAUGACCCAUCUUAUUGUCAAUCGGAAAAGAUACAUCAGGGUAUGUUACCUGUUAAUGAGUGCUAAUUGUUACUCAACAUUACUAAAGAAUACAAUACAACUAAAGAUGAUUUAAUGUGAUAUUAGACCUAGUUUUGCCAAUUUCACUACUUUGGCGACUUUGUUACAGGAGAACCUCCUAAUGGCAAGGCGAGCAGAGGAAGAGAGGAGAAGUAGGGAGGUGGUAAAUGUGACUCAGCUGGUGAUUCCUGCAGAGUUGGGUGGAUUGUUACAAGCCACCGCAGCUGGUAGGGAGCGUCAUUCAGAAUGCUUGGCUCUGGUUCAGGCUCCUAGAAUACAGACAGACCCCCAGCUCACGCUACCACUGGACAUCAAUAACCAUCUGAUGACCAAAUAUAUGCGUACACAUUUCAGGGAGUUGCAGUUUGGGAUGCUUACAGCACCAUUGGAGAACUCACUGACCCGUCUUGAAGAUGAUCUGAAGCAAGAUGCUCUUGAUAUUUUUAUACUGAUCUUGCGUUUCAUGGGAGAUCCAAACCUGAAUGGUGCUCAAGAAAACCUGUUUGGAAAUUACAUCAUUCAGAGGGGCCUUGCCACUCCACCAAUCAGAGAUGAGAUCUUAGCACAGAUAGCCAAUCAGGUGUGGCGGAAUGAAAACAGCAGAAAUGCAGCGAGAGGCUGGUUGUUGAUGGCAGCCUGUUUGAGUUCAUUUGCCCCAUCUGAGAAGAUGGAGAAAUAUCUGUUAAAAUUUGUAUCAGACUAUGCUCUGAACGGCUUUAAGGCACUGUGCCAACACAAGCUCCUCCAAGCCAUGCAGAAAUCCUACCUGAUCCCAGAAGCAUCUCGAACCUAUCCUCCAUCACUGCUGGAGUGGACCGCCAACCGCAAGAAAGCACACAUGGUGAUCCAGGUGCACUGUUUUGAUGGUGUGUCUUUCCUGUGCCCUGUCCAUUCCUGGACCAAUGGAGAGGAUCUUGCAGGAGAUGUACUACAACACAGGAGCAUGUCCUCAGAGAGUCGUCGGGGUUGGUCAGUUCUGAUGAAAGAACCGGCACAGUGGGUGGAGUUAGAAGGUCACGAUUAUGUUCUAGAUCUGAUUUGUGACCUGGAGCUGCUACCCGACUUCCCCAAGCAGAAAACCUACUUCAUCAUCUCUACCGAAGACCCCAACAGGGCACGACCUAAUGCAAGCAUAAGUCUCUUUGGCAGUGGAUUUGAUGAGGAUGAGGAAGGGCCGCUCUCAUAUGCAAAUCGAACCAAUGCAGUUGCAACCAACAGUCUACCGAUUUCUGAAGGCCGCUUCAGUCAAGACUCAGAACAAUCGUAUGAUGCAGCUCAUAGAGGGAUGGACCGGUAUUUGGACAGCCUCUUUGACCCAGUUCUGUCUGAUGGAACUGGGGUUCCUCCACCUCCUAGCAGGCGGCAGCGGGUCCUCCAUCCCCUGGCGGACAGCAAUGGCUCCUCUGCUUCCUUGCGGAUGGCAACGUCUCCUCCAUCCCCUGGCGGAUGGCAACAGCCCCUCCGCCUGCUGGCGGACAGCCUCCAUAUCCCGAAGAAUGGCAGCGGGCUUGUCCACCCCCAGCGGACGGCAGCGGCGAUUUCUCCCAGACAGCAUGCUCUUUCUCCUUUCCUGGGUUUCGGCACCAGUGUAACAGGGUUCAGGAAAGGAGGAUGUGGGAACAGGAGUUCCCAGGAGGCGUGGAAGACCAGCUGGCGAUGGAAUGGCCGAAGGGGCAAUUCCUCCCCUCCAGGAAGUCAAACCAGAGGUUUCCCCGGCCUGAAUCGAGUAGUGGAUGUGUGUGACGAGAAGGAGGGCGUCGCCUGGCCGAUAGGAUACAGGCCCGGCACUGAGUUGCCCAAUCAGUGGGAGAGAGAUAAAGAAGGAGCCAGGGAUACCUCUGGUUUGACUUCCUGGAAGGGAGGAGUUGCCCCUUCGGCCAUUCCAUUGCCAGCUGGUCUUCCUCGCCUCCUGGGAACCUGGGAACCUGACGAAUGGAUAUUAAAGAAUGCAGAAGUGCUGGAGAAGAACCUCAGAAUUAAAUUUCACUUGACCCAACCCAUUAGCACGUUGCAUGCACAGUUUCACCAAACUCACUUGUGCCUAGACUUGGAUCUGGAUGCAUCAGUUUUGACUGGCAGGAUGAAGGGUGGAGGAGGUGUAGGUGGUGAUGGAUCUCAGUCCACUGCCAGGGUCCCUUACUCUGCUGCUCUUCAGCCUGGAGCAGUGAGAGUUCUACCACCUAUACCAAGGACUCCAGUCAUGCCUAAUUUACAAGCUGUGCCCACUGUACCAGACCCGCAGCAGACUGCACUGGCACAACAACAACAGACCAUCAUCAACCAGCAAGCUGUCAUUAUGGCUCAGCAGAUGACCAUGCAGGCGAUGGCUUUGGUGACCAGUCCGGUGUCCAGUCCACCACUCUCUCCUCUCACCAGCCCCCCUACCAGCCCUCCACCCACUCCUUACAGCACACUGCCGCCCAGCCCCUACCCCGCCGUGCCACCCAGCCCUUAUGCAAACAUCCCCCUCAGUCCUUACGCACCUUUUCCCAUGUUCACAUACACGACCCCACACCCAACUGUUGCCUCCACCUCAAUCUACACCACACCUAGGAGUCUAGAUGGCCAGUGGGAGCCCCUUAAGACAAUCAGCCCCCAAACGCACCAGCCACGGAACACCACGACUACACAGGGCACGAAACAAGCCCCUGCUGCACCAAUUAAACUCGACAGCAAGCCUACCAAAAAACAUGCACCUAUUGGGGUCACAGGUCCCAUGCAUUCUUCUCCAGCUCCUGGCACAGACGUGGUCAAAUACUCUGUCUCUAACUCUGAGCACAUCAUUCCUAGCCACAACAUUAAAGAUAUCAUUAAACAAUACCAAACGCCAGCCUUAGAACCCGUGCCACAGAGGCGAGACGGUAAAGGUUUUGUGAAGAAGAUGAAUCCACAUGAUGAGGCCAUGCAGAUCUUAAAAACACAGAUGGACAAUCCACCUCCUACACAGGUGAGAUCUAGAAAGUCUCCUACUCCAGCUGCUGUAUCCAGGGAAGGAGGCCUCAAACCAACCAAAAGCAGCAAGAAGAGAGCACCAGACCCACCACUGACUUUACCACCACCAGUGUCCAGAGAUCUGCCAGUGGAAUCUGAGAGUAUCCAAACACUACUGCACAGGAGCAGCACUGAGGAACAUUACACCUACACAAAUGUACCCUGGAGAAUUUACCUUCGGAAGGAGGUCUUUUAUCCCAAGGACAGCUGGAACCAUCCUCUAGUUCUAGACCUCAUAUUCAAACAGAUUGUUAAUGACACAUUUACAGAGGCUUGUGUACGCAUUACUAAAGAGGAGAGGCGGAAGAUGAAAUCCUUGUUUGCGAAAUACAACAUUGAGCAAAACACAGAUGUUCAGGAUGAGAGCGUGAAGAAGGAUGUGAUAUCAGCUGCCAGGGAGUCAUGGGAGAUUUAUUUUUCUCGCCUUUUCCCUGCCUCUGGCAGUGUGGGUACUGGAGUUCAAGUGUUGGCAGUAUCUCACACUGGUAUCAAACUUCUAAAGACAGUGAAAAGCAGUUCUGCAGCUCCAGACUACUUCCGUGUGCUCCGGCCAUACAGCUACACCGAGAUCCUGUUUGUCACAAUCCCCUCUCAGAACAUGUUGGAGUUUAAUCUGAUGAAUGAAAAGUUAAUUCUCUUCUCCGCCAAAGCGCCUCAAAUCAAACAAAUUAUUGAUCUCUUCAUCGCUCAUCUAAAAAAGGACUCUGAAUAUGUAGUAGCAGAGAGGAACUAUAUCACAGAUGAUCGAGCUCUACUCAGCUUCCAUAAAGGUGAUAUCAUCCGUCUGCAGGCGAUGGAUGGAUUAGAAGAGGGUCAGAGAUAUGGAUGUGUGGUGAAGAAAAAGGUCAUCUACCUCGAAGAGCUAAAGAGAGACACUCCAGAUUUUGGCUGGAGGUUCGGGGCAGUGCAGGGUCGGAGUGGAGCAUUCCCAGAGGAUUGUGUGGUUCCUGUGGCAGCUCCUGAUUUCCUGAGUCUCCCAGCAGAGAGGAGAGACGAGCCGAGAGACAGACAGGGCAGAGUGGCGGCAUCAGGGGCUGUUGCACUCGCUGUGGCCUCCACUGUGGCUGCACAUGAACUGGACCCAACACUGGAGUCUGAUGGAUUUGGUGAUUUUGGUAACUCUGAAGUUGAAGGGAACUUUAUUUUGGACAGCCAGUACAACAUGGUAGAGUUUGCCAAGAAAUAUUUCAGAACUUCAAAUGGAAGCAAGAGUGACUCCUUCAGAGACAAGUCCAAAAAAGGAAAAGGAACCAAAGACCCUGCAAAGAUGGUGAAAUUCAGUAAAAACCCUAUCCAAGAGUCCCUCAUAGACUUCACAGAUCCCAACAUGAACCGGGUCGCUUCUGAAAUUUUCCUUGCCAUAAUGAAGUUCAUGGGAGAUCAUCCUCUCAGAGGCCAAUCAGAGCAGUUUGUGGUUUGCACUUUCCUGAAGUUAACUGGGGAAUAUGGACUGAUGAAGGAUGAGGCUUACUGUCAAAUCCUCAAACAGAUCACAGCCAAUACCAGUUCUAAACCUGACAGCUGUCAGAAGGGCUGGCGUUUGCUGUACAUUCUGACAACAUUUUGCCGCUGCUCUGAAGUGCUGAAACCAUUUUUACUCAAAUUCCUUCGAGACGUCUGCAGAAGUCCAGAAGUUCUUUUUCAUGGAAUUGCUAAAGCUUGUGAGCAGAACCUGAGAAAGACCUUUCAGUUUGGAGGCAGGAGUGUUUACCCCAGUAGUAUGGAGCUCAAAGCAAUUAUGGCUGGUCGAAGCUCAAAGCGGCAGCUCUUUCUAUUUCCUGGAGGAAUUGAGAGACAUCUAAAGAUCAAAACCUGCAGUGUUGCGCUUGACGUCAUAGAGGAGUUGUGUUAUGAGAUGGCGUUACAACGGCUGGAGGCAAUGGAUGAGUACACUAUUUUCAUAGUCACCAACAGAGGUCAGAGUGUGCGGCCCUUAAAUAAAAGAGAGUAUAUUUUGGACAUUGCAACAGAGGCGGAGCAAAUUGAUAGCAACUACAGCUUCUGGUUCAGAAGAGUUAUCUGGGCCCAUCCUCUAAAGUUUGACAACGAGCUGUGUGUGACCAUGCACUAUAACCAGAUUCUACCAGACUACCUGAAGGGUCUGCUGAAUGUGGUGCCUCAGGGAAAGAUCAGUGAACAGCAGUUCAACCAGUUUGCCAAACUUGCUGCUCUUCAACACAGAGCCAAAGACAGUCUCUAUGCACCUACCAUUCACGAGUUGACAGAAUACAUCCCAGUUGAGAUCUUUGGCAGACAGGGGCCCCAGCAAUGGAUGCAACUGGUUGCCCAACAUGUGCAUGCCGUACAAAGCCUGAACCCUCACCAGGCCAGAUCCCAGUUCCUGGGAUUGGUGUGUGCAUUUCCCAUGUUUGGAUCGUCCUUCUUUUACAUUCAGAGUAGUAGCAACAACGCCAUCUCUGCGCCAUGCAUCCUCGCUGUCAAUCAAAAUGGACUGCACUUCUUGCACAAAGACACUCAUGAGGUGCUGGUGAAGUACCAGCUGAAGCUGGUUCAGUCAACUCACACACUGCGGCCCAAUGCUGGAUCCAGUUACCCUUAUGUGGACAUCCUGAUCGGAGACUUAACCAACCACAGAGUCACACAGUUGCAGCUGGAACAGGGUCUGGAGCUUUGUCGAGUUAUUGCCAUGCACAUUGAGAACAUGCUCUCUGUACGAGAGAAGAGGCUGACGCUGCCACCCAGUGAAAUUACCAUGCUGUAA